AUGCCGUCCACACAUAAUAAAGACAAGCCAUGGGAUACGCCCGACAUCGAUAAGUGGAAGAUAGAAGAAUUCACACCUGAAGAUAAUGUCUCCGGCCUUCCCUUUUCAGAGGAGUCGAGCUUCAUGACUCUAUUCCCCAAAUACAGGGAAGUGUAUCUCAAAUCGAUAUGGAAGGAUGUUUCCAGGGCUUUAGAGAAAUUCAAUAUAGCAUGUGUUUUGGACCUCGUUGAAGGUUCCAUGACCGUUAAGACCACUAGGAAAACAUAUGAUCCUGCAGUUAUAUUAAAAGCCAGGGAUCUCAUAAAGCUUCUUGCACGUUCUGUACCCUUCCCACAGGCCGUCAAGAUUCUACAAGAUGACAUGGCUUGCGAUGUCAUCAAAAUUGGCAAUUUUGUAAGCAAUAAAGAAAGAUUUGUCAAGAGAAGACAGCGCCUCGUUGGUCCAAAUGGUAAUACACUAAAAGCAUUGGAGCUUCUGACCAAGUGUUAUGUCUUGGUACAAGGUAACACUGUCAGUACGAUGGGUCCCUACAAGGGCCUCAAAGAGGUGCGCCGCGUGGUAGAAGACUGCAUGAAGAAUAUUCACCCUAUCUACCACAUCAAAGAACUGAUGAUCAAAAGAGAGCUGUCUAAGCGGCCUGAUUUGGCGGAGGAAGACUGGUCUCGGUUUUUGCCAAUGUUCAAAAAGAGGAAUGUGGCCCGUAAGAAGCCUAAGUCUAUCAAGUCCAAGGAGAACAAAGUUUACACACCAUUUCCACCAGCACAACUUCCUAGAAAGGUUGAUCUGCAGAUUGAAAGUGGUGAGUAUUUCCUAAGUAAGAAGGAAAAAGAAGCCAAGAAACUCGAUGAGCGCAAGAAAGAGCAGGCAGAGAAGCAGAUUCGGAAAGACGAAAUCAGGGCUAAGGAUUACGUGGCACCGGUGGAAAAGGAGUAUCGCGGCUCCUCGAAAAGAAGUAGAGACGCUACAGAACCGGGGAAGCGUACCAAGAAGCCCAAGGCGUGA